AUGGCACUUCAACUCACUUUAUCAUGUGACUCGGAUAAAAUAGAAAGUGGACCAACCCUUAUCCACUCAACUGGUACUGAAAAUUACAAGAUUCCACCGGAAGUGAUCCGUAUUUUACAAGAUACUCUUACGAAUGAAUUAUUAUCUGAUCAUGAUGAAGGUGUUCUAUGUCAAGAUGGUUCUCAACGUAUUCUUGAUAUUCUUCUUCAACAUGGAUUUGUAUUAGAAAAUCAAACAACUGAAGAUGACAAAACUGUAUGGACAUUAGUGCAAAAUGGUGAUGGUAAUGACAGUGAACACCCGGUUCAACCUCCUAAUCCAGAUGCAACAGCAGACAAUGAGAAUGAAGGAGAUGCUGCCGAUGGAGAACAAGGUGGUGCUGAUGAAGAAGGCGAAAACAAACCAGCAGCCGACGAAGAAGAGGGUGGAGAAGCAGAAGCCGAAGGCGAAGGAGAAGAAUGA